UCAGUUGUGAACGGACGUGCAAAAUUAGCUCUGCGAUAAAACUGAAAAAUGACAAUGAAACGACGACUUUCAGUGGGGGAUUCUUGUACAGAACUGGAUGCUAUGGCAAAAAGAAGGAAAAUCACACGAGGAGAGAAGACCGAGAGGAAACAACGUCCUCAAAUGUCCUCCCCUUCUCAAAUCAGUCCUCAAAUUGAACAGCGUGUGUCUACAAAGACCAAAUAUCACUGCGACAGUGAUACUGCAGACAAAACAGUUACUGGGACAAAUCUCCAUAAACCAAGUGAUGUAGAAACUGUUCCUAAAGUUCCAGUUUCGGAACCAUCUGCUGCUGACACAUUUUGUGCAAACACUCUCUCACACAUUGACUUUCUGGGAGAAUUCAAUGACUUGAGCAGUGUUUAUGCUCUAACAGAACUGCCUCUCCAGCCAAAGGAUCAGCCUUUCAAUGUAGUAAUGGAUGGUUCUUCCUUGUAUCUCGUGGGCCUGCAAAACCAGGUGUACGUAUCUAUGGUUCAACAGCCUUCCAGUUCAGAUGGACAAGUGUUUUGCACAGUGGAGCACAAUACACAUUCUGACCUUUUUCAUCAGCACGGAGACAACAUCGACUGUUUGUAUUAUGCAACCAUGGAUGUUGAUCGCAGAGAGGCUCAUGAUCAUCAGCUGACAUUCCCCUCUCGCAAGUCGGAAUGGUCAGAGCAAGUGAAAUACAGCCAUGACUGGCAUGAGUGCGAGUGGGGGCCGCUAGAAUACCAUGAGGCAAACUACAGCAAGUUCGGUUUCUAGGGAGGAGAUUCCUUUGAGUAUUCCCUAGUGUUUUCAAAGACUGUGAUAGACAAUUUUGACUUAGCUGAGUCACUAGUACUGAUAUGAUCUCUGGGACCAAUUAAUGGGUCACUGUUUUUAAUUUUUAAAUCAAAUCAUGCAUGUUUUACCAUUUUGUCAUAUUUUAACCAUGAGGUACGACAGCCUAUCCAUGUCAUUUUUAUUAAAUUUUGCAUGUCUGA